AUGGCCUCGAUGGUCACUCGGACGAUGCCACUGCCGCACCUGCCCCGACUACCCGACGUGCCUGGCGGGCUGAUCACCGUGCAGCCACUGAAGCAGUCCGAGAUGCAGCCCUCGUAUGCCCAAGACCUGGGUGUGGGCGAAAUCGAACACGGCGUUUACGGCAGCCUCAUGAAUGGUCUAGGCUCCCUCGUUGGUACUUUUGGUCAAAUUCCCUGCUGCAUCUGUUGCCCUAACCCCUUCCGAGAGGUCAACCAGGGACAAGUCGGACUGGUCAGCAGGUUUGGAAAGUUCUACAAGGCCGUUGACCCUGGACUGGUCAAGGUGAACCCCUUCUCCGAGGAGCUCAAGAAGGUCGACGUCAAGAUUCAGGUUUCGCAGAUUCCUACUCAGACCGUCAUGACCAAGGAUGGAGUCUCGGUGCAGGUAGACUCGGUAGUGUACUGGCACGUUAACAACCCUUACCGAGCCGUCUUUGGUAUCUCCGAUGUCCGUUCAGCACUCAUCGAACGAGCACAGACUACGCUGCGAGACGUCAUUGGCUCUCGAGCUCUGCAGAGCGUCGUCUCUGACCGUGAGGGCGUGGCGAUUCACGUCGAGGACAUCUUGGAGAGGGUGGCCAAGCAGUGGGGUAUCAGCAUCGAGUCGCUGCUCCUCAAGGACAUCAUCUUCUCUCGCGAGCUGCAGGAGUCUCUCUCCUCUGCUGCUACCCAAACCAGAAUUGGACAGUCCAAGGUCAUUGCUGCGCGAGCGGAAGUCGACUCGGCCAAGCUGAUGAGACAGGCAGCCGAUAUUCUCGCCUCGCCCGCCGCUAUGGCCAUUCGAGAAUUGGACGCUCUGCAAGUCAUGGCCAAGAGUGCGGGGACAAAGGUCCUCUUUGUUCCCAUGUCACUGUCGGGUGGCCGAGGUGCUCCCCCUACCGCUCUUCAGAGUGCUGUCGAAGGAGGUGGCCAGUCUUACAACACCACUGGCGGAGAGGGUUCGAGUACGAUGAAUGCUGCCACCCUGCAGCAGAUGGCCAACAUGUAA